UUCAAUAUUUACAAAGCAGACCGAUGUCAGGUUUAACAUGUGAAGUCGCUUUAUUAGUAGCGAAGUAUAGUGUCGGCAUGUGUGUUGUUUGCGUUAGUGUUGCACGGUUUUAUCUGUGAACAACGGGAGGCACCGUUGCUCAUUGCUCCGCUGUCGCGCCAUUUAUUUGCAUACAGCUGCGUACAGCUGGUUAAAGUUUUGUGAAGUGUUUUGUUCAUGUGUUGGCAUGUUACCACGGACGGUUCAACGGGGUCGGUUAGUGUUCAAGGAGCUUAUCAUUCAGUGGUUUAGCAGUGGAGUACUGCAUGACGAGCUGCUGCAUUAACACAGUUUAAUUACUUCAGUGACUGAGGACACCCUGGAGGCAGAACACCAGCGGUUGAUUGAUGUGUUGUUGCAGUGGUUGUAAAACAUUAACGCGAGUCGCCUGAUUGAAGACGGGCUCCUGUGGAUCCUGGCCAUGGAUGAAGAGUUGACGCCUUUGGACUGCCUUCUGCCCUCAGGCACGCAGAGGAUCUGUCUUAUUGUUCUGAACCAGCCUCUAAAUAAAGACUACCUGCACAUUCUCUGGAGUAAAGCUCUCUUGAGGGCAUGUGCCGAUGGAGCUGCCAAUCACCUUUACAACAACACCGCUGGAGAUAGAGACAGCUUUCUCCCCGACUAUAUCAGCGGGGAUUUUGAUUCCAUUACUGCCGAGGUCAAAGCAUUCUAUGGCGACAAGGGGUGCAAUCUGAUAGAAACAGAUGACCAGGAUCUAACAGACUUUACCAAGUGCCUCGCAAUCAUGGUGGAGGAAAUUCAGAGACGGCAGUUACAGGUGGAUGCCAUAGUGACACUGGGCGGUCUCGCUGGCAGAUUUGACCAGACCAUGGCAUCUGUUGAGACCCUCCACCACGCUCUGUCCAUGACACGACUCCCCCUGUUGAUCAUACAGGAGAGUAGCCUGGUGUACCUUCUCAGACCCGGCGGUCACAGACUACAGGUGAACACAGGCCUGGAGGGUGACUGGUGCGGCCUCAUUCCAGUGGGUGGACCCUGCCAAACAACCACUACUGGACUGAAGUGGAACCUGAAUAACCAGGUCCUGCAGUUUGGGAAGCUGGUAAGCACCUCCAACACCUAUGAACCCGUUGCCCCUGGAAACCCCAAAAAGCCUGUAACCGUGACAACGGACCAGCCCCUGCUCUGGAGCAUGGGCAUCUGUGAGGACGGGCACUGACACAGAAGAAGCCCCUCCUCCUCGGGUCACAUGUGACUAAGAACAUGCGACUACUCUGCUACAGAUGAGGCAAAGGAAGAAAAAGAUGACGGCGCUAUUACUUAUGGCCAUAAAACCUCACCUAAUUGUUUCUAUGAUAUAAUGAUCAGCUCAGUUGGAAUAUAAAGAAUAUUUACUGUAUUCUUUUAACUGGUGUGGAUAUGCUUCCUCACUGUGCAGGGUUGAACUCAAAAUGAACCAUAUACGACCUGAAUCCAGGCCUUAUUCCAUAACAUCUGGUUCCCUUUAAAACAUGUUGAUAUCAGGGAACGUUUGAGAAGGAGCCGACAGCAUGUAGCAGAUAAAGACGUUGCUGAACCUACAGUACAUCUUUCUUUAAAUGUGUGCAGGUAUCUGCUUUGUAUCACAGACUACACCAUGUGCCUUUGAUGUCAGGGCUUCUGCUAAGUACGAGAGGAAAUAUUGUUCACCCAGCUUCAAAUUAUUUGUGCCUUUUGAUGACAGUUUUACAAUAUUUCUGAAAGCCAGUAAAGUUGUUUACAUGUUAUAGUGAUAAAAAAAAAAGCAACUUGAAGAGACAAAUGUAGUGUGUGUUUCAAUUUGUUUUAUUUACACAUCGAAAUAUAAAUGUUGUACACAGAAUGUAAAAAUGACAUCCCUCUAGUCCCCAAUAAACACUUUGCACCACCGUCUCCUGUCCCCGGGAAAUGAAGUUUGUGUUCUUCAUGACCAGGACUUAACCACCACUAGACAGAAAAACGAGAAAAGCAGUGUUAAUGAUUGGACAAAGCGAAAUAGCACAUUACUGUCAACUACAGUCGGAAUGACCGAGCAAACCAAACAAUCACUGCUUAAGAAAACUGCCUCCCAAAACAAUUAUUGUGUGUCAGUUACCACUACGAUUGUACCACAACUUUCUUCACACUUUAGUAAACUAUAUAUUCUCACUAUUAAGAUAACAGGCUAAAUUAAUAGUAUUUGGAUUAUAUAUAUCCUACGGUGCCCAAAAGUAAAAUCAUAACUGCUCGACUGCUGUUGAGACCAAGAUCUGCUGUAGUUUAGUCCGUAGAGUAUCCAUGCUAGUUGUACAACAAUACUAUUUUGGGAUCAUGUGUUCAUUAUGAUACAAAAUUGAGGUUUUCAAAAAGGGGGAUCUCAAU